AAGGAUAACUCACCACCACUUCAUUCCCUUCUGCAAAGAACCACUUUUACUAUAUUCCAUAGGAGCAAACACCAAACAUAGGAAUGAUAACCGUUAUUCUGCUGUUUUUAGCAGGGCAUAGCUGGUUUGGGGCUUCUACUAAUAUACCAUUCACCAGCAGUUCCACAGAUGAGGUUGCUCUUCUUGCCUUCAAGGCAAAAAUAACACAUGAUCCCUACAACAUAUUGGAAACGAACUGGAAAGAAGGAACCUCUGUUUGCAAUUGGAUUGGCGUUACUUGCGGCCACAAGCACCGAAGAGUGACGGCCUUGAAUCUUUCCAGUACAGGGUUGAAAGGUACCAUAGCAAAAGAAGUUGGGAACCUUUCCUUCCUGGUUUCCCUGGACAUCAGUAAUAACUAUUUUCAGGGCUAUAUUCCGGAACAGUUGGGAAACUUAAAGCGAUUACGAGGUUUGUAUAUGCAGCUCAAUGAGCUUAGUGGUCAGAUCCCUCAGACCUUUGGGUUCCUGACCAGAAUUCAAGAAUUGGUCCUGUAUAACAACAGUCUCACUGGACCAAUUCCUCCUGCAAUCCUCAAUCUUUCUUCUUUCCAGGUUAUUGAUCUGAUGUACAACUUCCUCGAAGGAACUCUCCCAACAGACAUCUGCAAUAACCUCCCAAACAUGGAAAGCUUAAAUGUGUCACACAAUCAACUUGGUGGACACAUACCUGCCAGUUUUUCUCAAUGCUCUGAAAUCAAGUUUCUUGCUCUAUCACACAAUGAAUUCACCGGUUCCAUACCUGGAACGUUUGGCAACUUAUCAAAGCUUGAGCAACUGUAUCUUGGUUACAACAAUUUGACUGGUGAAUUGCCUACAGCAAUCUUCAAUAUAUCCGCAAUGAGGAUUCUAAGAGCUCAAUGUAACAUGAUAUCGGGCAGUCUUCCCCAUGAUAUUUGCAAGCAAAACCCCCACCUUGAAGACUUGUUACUUUUUGUGAACUUACUUGAUGGCCAAAUACCUUCUAGUAUCUCAUAUUGUCAAUCGCUGCAACAAUUCUCUCUAGUUUACAACAAUAUAAGUGGAAGCAUUCCAUCUGAGAUGGGGAACAUGUCUGCACUUCAAUAUUUAUAUCUUGGCGCAAAUAACUUGACAGGGGAAUUUCCUUUCAAUACUUUUAACGUCUCUUCUUUAAGGGCUAUUGGUUUGGAGAAAAACAGAAUCUCGGGUAGCUUGCCCAAGGACGUGUGCUUCAGGCAUCCAAACUUGGGGUAUUUGGCCCUUCUGCAGAACCAUUUUUAUCGCCAAAUCCCCUCUAGUCUUUCACAUUGUAGGGCACUCUACUACAUCCAUUUGAGUGAUAAUAACUUUACAGGUGGCGUACCAGCUGAAUUUGGGAACCUCACAGGGCUUCAAUUCCUUUAUCUAUCGAACAAUAACUUGACAGGGGAAAUACCUUUCAACUUUUUCAAUCUGUCUCUCUUAGAGGACUUUGAAGCUAUGAACAACAAAUUUUCUGGUAGCUUACCUCAAGAUCUGUGCUAUAGAUUUCCAAAGCUGAAGACAUUCGCCAUUGAGAAUAACCAAUUUCAUGGCCAAUUCCCUUCCAGUAUUCCUCAGUGCACUUCAUUGGAUACCCUUGACUUGGCGUCAAAUUAUUUCAUAGGUACAGUACCAGGUGAUAUUGGGAAGAACAUGUCAAUGCUUCGAAAUUUAGCAAUUGGCUACAACAAUUUCGCAGGUGUAAUUCCACCUUCCAUUGGGAAUAUGUCCAGGUUGCUGAUCCUCUUCUUGAGAAGAAACAGAUUUUCUGGUAAAAUUCCACCAGAGCUGGGACGGCUUCCACGUUUAGAAGGAGUAUUCAUUCAAGAAAACCAGAUUACAGGCCGAAUUCCUCCAGAGUUAGGACAGUCUUCAAGUCUUGGAAGGUUACAUUUUCGGUCAAACAACCUUACAGGCGAAAUUCCGCCAUCUAUCUUUAACAUCUCGACCUUGCGAGAACUUGGCCUUUCAGAAAACCAACUCUCUGGCAAUCUUCCACCAAUCACUUGAUCUCAAACGAAACUUCCAAAAGUUGAUGAUUUGGGUGAAUAUGAACCAAACGACCUGCAAAUGAUUGACUCAUGUUUCAUCACUAGGUUAAUAAAGUGCAGGCUUUUAGAAGACUUGAUCCUUUAAGAAAGUUGAUGCUAUUGACCACCCUUAUGGAUGGCACAUUUCCAAGUUGGAUUGGCAGAUUAGAGCAGCUUUUGUUUAUGCUGAUCAUUAAUUUGACAGGAAUAGCUUUGCAAA